UCCGUGGUCCAAGGAACCCGCCAUCCUCUGUUGAAGAGAUUAGAUGAAUCCCAAUUUUCGGAACCAUUAAAUAUGAAAAUGAUUCCUCGCCGCAAAUGUUAGUGAUAACGGAAGAUCAAAGCCACCACGAUGGUGCCACGAUGGACCAGUCCCAAUCUCAGCUCAAGGCUCAAGACUUUCAAAGCCACAAAUGAAGAUUUGUAAUGGAUUUAACCUGUUUCAGUUUCUGAUGAACACCACAUCAUCAAAGCUCUUCCACGCGUCUCGGCGGACAGUGGGAGCGGAAGAGGAAGAAGUGUGAUGACGGUCGUAAAAUAGGGCAGAUGAAGAAAGAGAGCAAACUCGGUGUUUGAUGAUAAAUUCGAGGCUGAUUCUUGUUCUCUGUAGAUUUCUUUUUGUAUCCACUUCUCCAGAAUUCCAAACAUAGCCUUGACCUAGGAUGUGUUGUGUAAAUGCUUUCCUCUUUUGGCUAUAAUCCACAGUUGGAGGGGCUUCAGCUCGGCCUAUCUUCCACGGGCGUUUGAUUCCUUGCUUGUUCUAUAUCAUAGGCUGAAGGUGACAUAUGAAAAAGAAAAGGAAGUAAAAGAAAAGACAACAUAUUGGGGACGGCUGCUGUGGACUAUAGCAGGAAACCAAGUUUGGUAUUGUCAUUUCCAUCAUGAGUAAUCAUGAUGAAAGUUUUGUGUCACUUGCUCAACCCAUUGGAAGAUGGUCGAUAUUCUGUUUCGGUCUGGGGCAUAUGCUCAAUGACAUUACUGCUGCCUGCUGGUUUACGUAUCUGUUACUUUUCUUGACAGAUAUUGGAUUAUCUCCGGGGAAUGCUGCUACAGUUAUGCUUUCGGGUCAAGUAGCUGAUGGGUUAACAACAAUUGUUGCUGGUGAAUUGAUAGACCGGUUCGGACGUUUCAAAAUAUGGCAUGGUGCAGGAUCUAUGUUGGUGGCAGUUUCAUUUUCUUCUGUUUUUGGUGGUUGCAUACCGUGCAUAUUCUAUUCUCGAAGUUCAUCAACAUUGCGAACUGUAGGCUACAGCUUUUUUGCGGCAAUCUUUAAUGUUGGUUGGGCAGCCACUCAGGUUUCACAUAUGUCUAUGAUAAAUUGUAUGACACUGAAUUCAACCAGUAGAGUGGCAUUGGCUAGUUGCCGCAAUGCUUUUAAUAUGGUUGCAAAUCUUAGCCUGUAUGCAGUGGCUUUGUUAGUGUUUAGUAUCUCGAAGGCAAAAUCUCAUGUAGAUAUUGAACAUCAGUACCGAAUGAUAGCAUAUAUUUCAAUUUUCAUUGGCUGCUGCUUUGUGGUCGUAUUUCUAGUUGGGACCAAGGAGCCAAGUUUGAAGGUUGCUGUACAUGGAAAUCGGCAUGCAAGGAUUUCGUGGUCAUAUUGGUUCAAGAAAGUUUUAUAUUAUCAAGUUGCUCUUGCUUACGUACUUACGAGACUGAUUAUCAAUGUUUCACAGGCAUUUCUGGCAUAUUAUGUUAUUAACGAUCUGCAUAUGGCGCAGUCAGCUACAGCUUUGGUUCCUGCAAUAAUCUACGUCUUCAGCUUCAUCGUAUCUGUAACUCUUCAGGAGGUUGUUUGGACUGGCCAACGCCUGAAGCUCUACUAUUCUGCUGGAGGCAUUAUCUGGAUGUUUUGUGGUGCGGUGAUUCUCAUUUUACCCACAAGCAUGAGUGCUUUUAUGUACGUCGUGUCCUUUGUUAUUGGUGUAGCAAAUGCUUUAAUGGUGGUGACUGGAGUAAGCAUGCAAACUGUUCUAGUUGGAAGGGAUCUGAAUGGCUGUGCAUUUGUGUGCGGUUCAUUGAGCUUCCUUGACAAAAUUCUAUGUGGGCUGGCACUAUACUUUCUGGAAUCAUUUCAGAGUAACACCGCGUUACACAUUUCGAAAUACAAUCCUCUCAAUUCCACCUAUAUUUCGGUUACGAGAUAUGGUUUAGGACUUGUGCCAGCAGUUUGUGCAUUCCUUGGAGUAGCAGUUACAAUGAGCAUGGACCUUCAUGCCCCUUACGCCAAAUACCUGAUCGAAUCGCUACUGGAAUAAUGGUAGAAACGUCAGCCUUCAAUCGGAAGAUCUGUAAAUAGACCAAUUCCAUUCCACUAAUGUCAUCAUCAAUUCAACAACAUUCCUUUCGUGAUCAAGGUGAUCAUUCCACUGGUAUAUAUCACAGGUAUCGAAUUAUCAUUAUGUUCAAGGAGUUACUAGUCCAGUUUAUGGAUUGUUCAUCUGCUCGUCCCCAAGGGCCUUCUAAGCCUAGCUUUAAUUUUUACUUGAUAAUACUAAUUGUUUAUCAUUUGUUCAAAGAGCUACUCAUCCAGCAUAUUUCAGAUUGGCUUUGGGAGGAAACAAUUUCAUGAACUAUUCAUAAGGACAAUCUGGGUUGAUUUGUAGCGUUGAACACUAUCUAGUAAGCAACAGAAACUGUAUGUUUUAUCUUUUAUCCCUUAUUCUAUUUCAACAUUAUAACUAUAAGCAUUUGUCUAGUCUUUCAUGUGUUGCCAACAUCGAUUUUGAUGACAUUAUGGGAAAAUAUGUUGAAUUUUGAUGGAUCUAUUCAAAUAUGUUCU